AUGAAGAAUUAAAUUUCUAGUUUCAUCCUCAAGACAUACAACAUUUUAGAAAAUAAUAUUUACGAAGAUAUAGUGAGUUGGAAUGAAGAUGGACUAUCCUUUACUGUCAAGAAUACGAGCCAAUUCUCAUCGAUUGUUCUACCCAUCCACUUCAAGCAUUAAAAUUUCUCUUCCUUCAUUAGAUAGUUAAACAUGUAUGAUUUUCAUAAAUCCAGAGGAGGUAUAGUCAAUGAAUUCAAAAAUGAAUAUUUCCAAAAAGGCAGAAAGGAUCUACUUCAUUAAAUCAAACGGAAAUAACAUAACGAGCUUAUUCCUAUAGAUAUACCAGUACAAAAUGAUUCUACAGAUUAACUCAAUCAACUCUCCUAAAAAUGUGAUUAUUUACAUAAUCUUUGCUCAUCACUCCUGGAAAGGAACCAUAGAGUUAUCAAAGAUAACAAAUCUCUCUAAAAGCUUCUUAUCAGCCAUAGUAAGCUCCAAUUUCAAGAUGAAUUACAGCAGUCAGAAUAAUUAUGUAUAACAAAUGAAGAACUUACAAAUAAUGUUCAAUGA